AAUAUUUUUGUAUUUUAUUUUGUCAUUGUCACUGUCAAUAAAAAAUUUGAAGUUUGCAUGGUAAUUGAAUUUAUAUAUUUCAAUAUUUUUAUUGUGUUUUUACUUAUAUCUUUUCAAGGUUUAUAUCACUGCAUUAUUUACUUUUGUAAGUUAUUUUUUCAAAUGGAACCCGAAGAAGCAAAAUUUAUGAGAACUGAGCGCAAACCAGGGUCAGUAGACGUUCACCCAAAUAUAGAUGCAAUAUGUCUAAAUUACGAUUUAGAUAUUCAAAUUCUAGCUUCCAAGGAGAACAUAAUCUAUGGAGAAAAGAAGAGUUUAAGAAAAAUUAUCGAAUUACCGAUGAUUAACAGCAGAACUGAUUGCCAUGCACUUUCGAAGGAAGUUGUCAAUCAAUGUGAACUUAUCCAUCAUAGCCGUUUGCCUGAAGUCGAACAGAUCAUUUAUUAUUUGAAGAAGAGAAAGAUGCAAAACGGUUCUCGAGGAAAUUCUGCAGUAUUAAGUGACAGUGACAAAAUUGUAGCAGACAAAGUUUCCAAUGGAUUGCAAGAAGCAAACUACAAUAGUCUAUCGGAUUACAUUGACCUUCUAUAUGAAGGAAUGUCGGAAAAAAUCAAAGGUGCCCAGUUCAUCCAGUUUCUGGCCAGAGAUCCCGAGAACUUGGAAGCACUUGCGACAAAUGAAACAUUGAUCAGUGCUCUGGGGCGGGUUUUAAGAGAGGAUUGGAAACGAAGCAUUUCUCUUAGUACCCAUUUAGUUUUCACAUUUUUCUGCUUCUCGAUGUACUCAUGCUUCCAUGAUGUUAUUUUAAAAUGCAAGGUAGGCUCCAUAUGCAUGGAUAUAAUCGAUUACGAAUUACGCCGGUACGACAGAUGGAAAGCGGAUUUCGAAGGAUCAGAACCACCGAUGGACAUUCCGAUAGUCCGUAAACCUUGCCCGAGCAGUGCCAGUAUGUCCGAUAUACCUCGUAGUCGCAUUCCAGAACCUGUACGUCCAAAAUCCGGAAAUUUCACCGAUGCAAACAUCAGUCAAAUAAUGGAAGGUAGCAUUUACGACGAUCUUACUACGUCUAUGGAAGGAAUCGAUGAUAGAAAACUCACAGACGAACAGAAAUUGAAACGGUUUCGCACGCUCGUCAAAAAGCAGGAGCAUCUCCUUCGUGUGGCGUUCUAUCUCCUGCUGAACAUCUCUGAAGAUGAAAUUGUGGAAGAAAAGAUGGCCAAGAGAAAUAUAGUCGGUCUCUUGGCUAAAGCUUUGGAAAGAGACAACGACGACUUGCUGAUUUUAGUCGUUACAUUCCUGAAAAAGUUAUCUAUAAUGCAUUGCAACAAGGAGACGAUCAUUGGGAGUUCGAGUGUAAUCGAAAAACUUCCUAGAAUAUUGAAUUCCAACAGUGCGGACUUGGUGCAUUUAACUCUCAAGUUGCUGUUCAACCUGUCGUUUGAUCACAAAGCCAGGUCCAAAAUGAUCAAAGUUGGACUUUUACCGAAAAUCAUGAGUUUACUUAGCGAUGAUAAACAUCAAGAAAUCGUUAUUAAAAUAUUGUAUCAUCUCAGCUAUGAGGAAGAUGUAAAGCACAAUUUCGUAGAUUGCAUUGGAUUGAUUACCGAUAUGCUUCUGCUUAACGUUGAAAACGAGCAAGAUAAAACAAUGGUCGCUUUAUGCAUAAACUUAUCCACUGAUAUGUCCAAUGUGCAGCACAUUAUUAAAAAAAAUAGAUUGCAAGCUUUGAUUAUGAGAGCUUUUACUUAUCAAGAUGCGAUGUUGAUGAAAAUGUUGAGAAAUAUCUCGGACAACUCGUCUUCAGCUGUUGCAUUUAUUGAGUUUGUGGGCGAUAUAGCGAAAGCAGUUGUAGAAUCCAAGGAUGAAGAUUUCAUCAGAGAAUGCGUGGGAAUUUUGAGUAACCUAUACCUGCCGGACCUCGAUUGGGCUGAAAUAUUCAAGCAUUUUGAUAUGGUGAAAUGGGUGAAGAAUAUAUUGACCAGUAACAACAGUGACGCCGAAUUGGUCUUGCAUGUAACCGUUUUACUGAGUACAGCAGCUACUGAUGAAGGUUGCUCUAAUUUAUUCUGCGAUACAAACAUUCUAGCACUUUUGAUCGAUUUGUUGAAAACACACCAGGAAGAUGACGAAAUUGUCCUACAAAUUGUUUACGUAUUUUUUGUCGUGUUAUCUCACGGUUCAAAUAUCGAUUAUAUUGUUAACAAAACCGAAGCUCCGGCUUAUCUAAUCGAUCUUCUCCAAGACAACAACAAACUCAUCAGAAAAUUAUGCAACACCUGCCUGAAUAUAAUAUCGGACUAUGAUAAAACUUGGGCGGAGAGAAUUAGAAUUGAAAAGUUCCGUAACCACAACCAACAAUGGCUGACGAUGGUAGACACUCAACAAUUGGAUACUGAAGAAGAAGAGGAAGAUGAAUUACCCCCAUAUUUAAAUACUGAAUAUCUUAGCACCGCAGUUGUACCUACUUUGUCGAAUUUAAGUGAAGGAACCGAGAACGAAAUUAUUCCCGAAAAAGAUUUAGACUGCAAUUUCUUCGACGGUAAUGAAAUGGAAAUGAAUCAAGAAUUUGAUUAUGAAGCAAUGUAAGCCUAAUGUAUGGUUCUCAUUACUAUAAGAAAGUUCUAUUCAUGAUUGCUUCAGACAUUAGCACACAUUAAGAUUAUUCUAGUCAUGUUUCAAUAUUUAUGUAGGCUUUUAAGCUAAUAUAAAUU